CAUAUUUUUUAUCUUCACCUCAAUGCCCUUUAUAUAUAAGCUCAAAAGUACUGAAGUGAACACCACAUCAACAUGGCUUUUUAAAUAUUCUUCAUCUUCUUCUUUUGCUGCAUCAAAAUCCUGUGCAUGUGUGAGAAAGGUAAGAGCCAUGGCAUUAGAAGCAGUAGUGUAUCCACAACCACAAGACCCGUUUGGUUAUGGAAUUAAAGACCACAACUUGUUAGCAGAUGUUGAAUUAAGCAACUGGGGCUACGAGGAUUUCAACUUAAACCUUGAAAAUGAAGAACAACAAGGUGGUUCUAUUUCUAUCUGCAGUUUUCUCGAGAACCAAACAGAAAAUUACCCUUGUGUAGAUUGGAGUCCACAAUCCAUGGAAGUGGAACUACCACACAAGAAUGAGCAGAACAUGUCAAAUCCAUCUUCAGAUGCCAGCAACUGCAACACUCACAACUUAGAUAGCUCAACUUCAACCCCUUCUCCUCCCAAGAGGCGCAGAGCCAGAAGCAGAAAGAACAAGGAAGAAAUUGAGAACCAGAGAAUGACUCACAUUGCUGUAGAGCGCAACAGAAGAAAGCAAAUGAAUGAGUAUCUCUCUGUUCUUCGCUCAAUCAUGCCUGAAUCUUAUGUCCCAAGGGGUGAUCAAGCAUCAAUUAUUGGGGGUGCUAUUAAUUUUGUUAAGGAGCUUGAGCAGAAGCUGCAAUUUCUAGGUGUUCAGAAAGAAAAGGAGGGGAAAUCUGAUGUAAUGGCAAUUGCAAAUGCAAAUUCAAAUAAGCCCUUUUCUGAGUUCUUCACCUUUCCACAGUACUCAACAAGUGGUGGUAGUGGCUGUGAAACUUCCACAGGCAAGGGUGAACAAUUGAGUGCAGUUCAAUCUGGGAUUGCUGACAUUGAAGUGAUAAUGGUGGAGAGCCAUGCAAAUCUCAAGAUAAGAUCCAAGAAAUUUCCAAAGCAGCUCUUGAAGAUGGUCUCUAGUUUGCAUGGUAUGCGUCUCACAAUCUUGCACCUGAAUGUCACUACCACUGGAGAAAUUGUCUUAUACUCUAUCAGUGUUAAGGUGGAAGAUGAUUGCAAGCUGGGAUCAGUGGAUGAGAUAGCUGCAGCUAUAUAUCAAAUGCUGGAUAGGAUUCAACAAGAGUCAAAUUUGAACUAAGAUCUAAACUUGAACUAAGUGCAUGUUUGUUACAUGGUAGAUUUUCAUGGUGGAAAGAUAAUUGAUUAUGGGAGAAGCUACUCCAAGUAGCUUUUGUGGUAGCAGAAUUGAUUUUAAUGAUCUGAACGUGAAUCCAAACAUAUAUAAUUUGAAGUUUGAACCUUUCUUUUUAACCUCAAGACCUACCCUAUUGGUGAUGGUGGAUAUUAAUUUCUCUCUUUUUUCCUCUUGUACCUAAUUAUUGCAAUGGCUGUUCAUUUCUCCCUUUGUUAAUCUAAUGAUAGUGCCUCCAUGUGGGGGCUCCUUGUUGGAA